UCAGUGAAUAGCUACUAGCAUAAACAUUAAGAGAGGGUUGCAGCUACAAUUUUGGGAGCUCUGUCAACAAAAUGAAGCUACUAGUGAUUACAGGGCAAGCCCUCAUCAUUGGUUUGUUUGUACUAUGGGUGAGAGCUGCAGUUCAUAAUACAUGGGUUAACGUGUAUUCUGGGUCACUGCCACUGACCGGCUACCCUGAUACGUAUUUAUGUGGACCAAACACAACAUUGAGAUGUAUUUAUAUAAAUGACAAGACAAUUGGCGUUAAAAUUCAAUGGGUUCUGUACACUGAUGACGGUAGAAAUGAGAAAGUUUUAAAAUAUCGAUUAAUAAAUGAUGAUGGAUUGACAGUGUUCAUGGAUUACUUGAUAACAACCAGUGGAAAUUAUUCUUGUGGAUAUGAUAAUAUCCGUUACAAAACUGUUAAUAUAUCCAUCAGUGUGUCAAGUGAGCAUUGGAGUGGCUGCCAGACCACAGAUAUUAGAGACUACGGCCAGACUAAUGACAAGCACUAAAGCAUUUUUGUGAACAUUAGAUCUAAUUAAAUUUUUUGCUGCUAAAAGUCUAAAAAUUCAUUGUUCACUAGUUAUUAGUGAUGGGCGAUAUGGCCAAUUUUCUUAA